UUUUAAAACUUUAAGCAUCACACUCAAUAAAAUCCCAAUAAAAUGAAUAAACCUCAGCCAUAUAUACUCUCUUACCCAUCAUAAAAUCACAAACCUCAACGCAGAGAAACCCAAAACACAAUAAAUAAAAGAAGAAAAAGAAAAAACUCUAACCAAAAUGGAAUCAACACCAGAGACACAAAUAACUCCGGUGCAAGUCACCAACGACGAAGCUAACCUCUUCGCCAUGCAGCUAGCCAGCUGUUCCGUUCUUCCGAUGGUUUUACAAGCAGCUUUACAGCUCGAACUUAUCGAAAUCAUGGCCAAAAACGUUUCUCCGAUGUCUCCGGCUGAGAUCACUUCCCAUCUCCCGACCAAAAACCCGGAAGCUCCACUCUUACUCGACCGUAUCCUUCGGCUUCUUGCGGCAUACUCCAUUCUCACCUGCUCCGUCCGUACGCUUCCAGGCGGCGAUGGUGUCGAGCGGGUUUACGGGCUUGGUCUGGUGUGCAAGUACUUGACCAAGAACGAAGAUAGCGUCUCGAUUGCUCCUCUUUGCCUCAUGAACCAAGAUAAGAUCUUCAUGGAGAGCUGGUACCAUUUGAAGGAUGCAAUUCUUAUUGGUGAGACUCCAUUUAACAAGGCUUAUGGCAUGAGCGUGUUAGAGUACCAAAAGACUGACACUAGAUUCAACAAAGUCGUCAACGAUGGAAUGUCAAACCAUUCCACAAUAUCCAUGAAGAAGAUUCUCGAGAUCUAUAAGGGUUUUGAUGGCUUGAGUUCCCUGGUAGAUGUUGGUGGCGGGAGUGGUGCUACUCUCAAGAUGAUUGUCUCCAAGUACCCCAACCUUAAAGGCAUCAACUUUGAUCUCCCUCAUGUAAUCAAAGACGCUCCUUCAUAUCCCGGUAUUAAGCAUGUUGGAGGAGAUAUGUUUGUAAGUGUCCCCAAAGGUGAUGCCAUGUUCAUGAAGUGGAUAUGCCACGCUCGGAGCGAUGAACAAUGUCUUAAAUUCUUAAAGAAUUGCUACGACGCGCUUCCAGAAAAUGGAAAAGUGAUAGUAGCUGAGUGUGUACUUCCAGAUACUCUAGACUCAAGCCUUAUGACCAAACAAGCACUCCAUGUAGACUGCAUAAUGUUGGCACACAGCCGUGGAGGUAUAGAACGGACUGAGAAAGAGUUUGAGGUACUGGCUAAAGGGUCCGGCUUUCAUGCUAUCAAAGUUGUCUGCAAUGCCUUCGGAAUUCACAUCAUUGAGUUUCUCAAGAAGAUAUGAAUAAUGUUACUAAUGAUGGUUUAUAUAUAAACAUGGUCUCAUGUCAACGUCUACUGCCACACUUCUGCGUGUCAUGUUAUUAUUGAUUCGGUUAUAAACUAUGUUUAGAUUCAAAAAAAAAAACUAUGCUUAUUGCUGUUUAAUAAGGUUUAUGUAAGGAUCUGAUAUAUUUCUUACUA